AUGGGCUUUCUACAGAGAGUUUUUCAGUUAAAAAAUUCACUUGGAUUAAGAAAUGAAGCAGAAUUACUUGUUCGACUACAAAAUCCAAUAAAUUUGAAAUCUUUCUGGAUUAAUAUUGACCUGGGUCAAAAAGUAACCAAAAGUAAUACGGAUCCUUCUAUUUUGAGAGGCCUCGAUUUCGAAGUUCUAAAGAUUUUUUACCCUGAGCCAGAGUGGCUUCUGAUCUUCACUAAUGGAUCCCUCCUGUCUGAUGGCCCUAAUGCAGGUGCCGGAGUUUUCUCCGAAAUUUUCUCUUUCUACAUUCCUGUACGCCGAGGUUCUGCGUUUGACGGUGAAAUUGCUGCAAUUCGCACAGCUCUGUGCCAGCUGCCAUGCCACUUGGAAAAUUUCACAAGAGCCGUUAUACUCAGCGAUUCCCAAGCUGUUCUGUUGGCUAUCGUUUCAGAUAAAAAUCCCAUAUCACAGGGCAUAUUGGAUUGUCGACAUUAUCUACAAAACCUGGCUUCACUUGAGAAAACUAUAGUCCUCCUGUGCUGUGGGUUCCUCCCACUGUAG